AUGGCCAACACAGAAAACGCUGCCCAACCACCAAAAGGAAAGAAAGAUAGGGAGAUUAUCAACCCCGGAAGCUUGCUCGAGACGGUCGAAGGAAGCUAUGAAAUAAGUUCCCAAAAAAAUUAUUCUUCGGUCUUCUAGACCCAGAAAAAACCUUCGAAAUUAGGCCGAAAAAAACUUUUCUGUAAAAUUUAUAAAACGGACAAUUUAUACGAGGGCGCAGUGCGCGUUGACCAGUUAUAAAAACAAAAUCCUGUAAUAAUUUUUUUUGCAACUUUGGGCCUGACCUUUAAUGCCAAUAUUUUAGAUAUGUCAACUUUUGGGAUCUGGAGGUUUUGGAGAUGUGUAUUUGGUCAAGAAUGUCAAGACGAACACUGUGGCAGCGAUGAAGACGGAACGACAAGGAGUUGAAGAAGGCCGUCAACGCUUGUCGCUUGAAGUCAUGAUUCUUAUUGGAGUAACUCGACUUCCUGAGCAAAAACGGGCACAUUUUACUCGGUUGAUAACUUAUGGUGGGUUUUAUUGUUUUGUUAUUUUUACGUAUUAUUUAUUCUGUUUUGAAGGUUAAUAUAAUUUAGUGAUGAAACAAAAAAUUUUUAAAUUUAACUAUUUUCAGGUCAGAAUGACAUGUUCAAGUUUUUUGUGAUGUCGUUGGUCGGAAAAACGAUUAGUGACUUUCAACGACAACAGAAGGACAACACUUUUAGCGUGGAUUUGGCUGUCAAAAUUUCGAUUCAGUGUUUGGAGGGCCUAUCGCAACUUCAUGAGCUUGGAUUUAUCCAUCGCGACAUUAAACCGAACAACUUUGCUUUGGGUGUGGGCAAACAAACUGGCAAUGUUAUUAUACUAGAUUUUGGAAUAGCGAGGAGGAUUGUGCACAAAAAGUUGAUUGAUAUACCGAGGUAAGUUUGCGAUUUGAAGUUCAAUACGAUAAAAAUCUAGCCUCCACAAUAUGUGUAUAAUACUGUUUUCUAGAAAACCCCGUGAAGUGGUAAAAUUCAUUGGUACGUUGCGGUAUUCAUCAAGGAAUUCUUUGCGAAUGAGAGAGCAAAGCCGUAAGGACGACCUGGAGUCUUUGUUUUACACGAUUAUGGAGAUCUUCAACAUUCGAUCAAGCUUCUGGUGGCCCGAAAAGGACACAUAUGUCGUUUUGACAUUAAAACAGAAGCUAUUUGACGGAGAAUGUAAGAUGAGAAGACAAUUUUUGUUUGUGUUUAUUAUUUUUUUUUGUAAUUUUAAUAUUUAUAUUUUCAUUUUUAACUUAUAUUAUGUUUUUAGUGACACUGAUGGACAAAUUCCCAUAUGAAAUGACUCGCUUUAUGCAGUAUGUGGACAAAUUGGACUACUAUUCUAACCCGAACUACGCAUAUCUUCGAACUUUGCUCGAAAACAUUCUCAGAGGACAAGGAGUGACAAAAGAAGAUGAAGAAGAACAACAACGCCGGCUUAUAGAACAAACAAUUUUGGAUAUAACACAGGAAACUCAAGACGAAGAUGUUUCAGGGAAUGUUAAGGAGAAGAAAAGCGAUACAAAAAAGAAGUCCAAGGUGGCGAAACCGAAGAAGUCUCCGAUUCCGGUGAACGAAAAAAGCUACUUUAAUUCGUCGAAGUUGGCGGCUACUCAGGAGAACGACUAG